AUGAUACCUUUCAAAUUAUCAUUCUAUCCAGCUAGAAGAUUAAUAAAAAGUAAUGUCAUAAAAGUAGUAGAUAGUGUUGAAAAAGGAAAAAAAGUGAUUGUUGGAGAUGUGAAGAUGUGUGGUAGUGUUGAAAAAAGUUUGUCUAAGAAGCAGUUGUUAAGAAAAAGAAAUGAUAUUUGUAGUAGAAUUUAUACAUAUUAG